UUCGUUAGAUCGAGUUCAGUUAAAGCUUAACAUCCUCCUGAUACCACUAGAUAUUAGGGUAUAUCUAUUUUUGCUAAUUUUAUCACUCAAGAUUGUAGAAAAGUGCUUUAGAAAUAUUCUAACCAACAAAUGUUGAAGCUUAAAUUUUAAAAUUAAUUUUUCAUGUUUUCAAAUUAAAUAUGAGUGUCGAUUUAAAAAAUUUCCAAACAUCAAAUAACGGAAGUUUAGUGGAGAAAGAUGAAGUAAAUGGUGGAAUAAAUGAUAACAAAUUGAUAAAUAAUCAAAUAAAUGAAUUAUUAUUAAUAAAAUCAAUGAAAGAAGAUGAUAAAAUUGAUGAUGACGAAAAUGAAGAGAAUAAAAUUUUGACUAAAGAAAAAGCAACAGAUCAAAAACAUAAUGAAACCAAAGAUAGUCAUGAUAAAAAUAUUACAAUAAUUCCAAAGCAAUUAAAACAAAAACACAUGUUGUCAGUUGCUGAUACUAUUAUAUCACUUAUUAUUAUUGGGCCACUUGUAAUUGGUCAUUGGCGUGGUGUUUGGAAUCUUAUGGAUUACUACAAUAUACCGAUUUCAGGAUGGACUUGCUUUCUUUUGGGCACAGGAUUACAUUGGAUUUUUGCUGUUCUAAGGGGUGUACUUCAUGGACAAUUUGCUGUCACUUGGAGAUCUGCUAACCCUAUAGGACGUGGUGGAUAUCGAGGGAUUAGGUUGCUUUAUACUUAUAUUUUCUGUGUAUGCUGCAAUAUGCAAUGGCGUGGUGGAUGGAUUGUCUUGAGUUCUUUAAUGGGUGAAAAUGAAUGGGUCGUCUCAGCAGUGAUAGUCAUCCUAAUCAGUCUCCUAAUAAUUUUUAGAAGCUGCAGGAAUCUCUUAGCACCUCCUUUAAUAAUUGUAGUCGACAUUCCCAAUCACAUCUUCCAAUUUCCAACUCGAUAUCGAACGAAUACUCGAGAUUGGACACUUUAUAUUUUAGAUUGUGCCUUCAGUGUUGGAAUUGUUGGAACAUUGGUAGUUUUUGUCUGGAGAGGAGUUUGGGUUCUUAUAGAUCUGCAUCUAUUCUCUGAUAAUCGUGAAUAUUCAUCCAUUGGUUCAUUGAUUAUAGGAUAUAUGACCGUUGGAGUGACUUUUUGUCUUCAACCAGUAAUGCGUUAUGCUUGUGGUCGUCUCCAAGGUCUACCGCGUCUCUUAGCAGCGGAUGUCUUCCUUUUUUUGAGCUUUUUAGGAACAAUAAAUGUAUGGCGAGGGAUUUGGAGUAUGUUAGAUCUCUGGUUUCUUCCAAAAAAUGUUGAAUUGUCUUGUUGGAUAACUCACAUUGGCUGCUUCGUAUUUCUUGGACUUUUGAACUGCAGUAAUUCUAUUCUUGUUCGUGGUGUUUAUAUUGAUGCUGAAGAAGAGGAAGGCAGAUGUGUUAUAUUUCCCUGUCACUAUUUGCGAUUAUUUUUCAAGAUUGAACGCGAAAAAAAAGAAGCUAGACAACGUAAUCUUGUUACAAUAUCACGUGAAUAUGCCUGUAAUGAUGGUAGCUCAAAAGAUGCUGAACAUGGUGCACUUCUUAAUUGCACAUUACCAACAAUUAUAUCAAACCAAGAUGGCAAUGUUCAAGGAUAAAUUAUUAACUGUUUUUAUUAUUUAAUAUUUAACGAACAAUGUUCAUUAAUUAAUUUUUAUAUAUAAUUUUAUUUUACCAUUAAUUAAACAAUUAAUCGAUCCAAUCGAAAGAACAUAUAGCGAUGUAAAAAAAUGUAAAUAACACAAAGUAUCGCUUGCAUUUAAAAUAUUAAGAGAAUGUUAUUUAUUUAAUAAAUUAAAUUUAAGUGUUGGCAAAGAAAAAUAAAGAAAAAUUCUAAAAUCAUCAA